AUGACCAUGAUGCAAUACGUACCAUAUGUUCCUGAUGAACAAGAUAAACAAGUUUCAGACAUGCUUGUUACAUCCACUGCAUGGAGACCUGAUGCGCUCUUCUAUAUAUCGGGAUUUGUAGCUAACAAGUUUUGUAAGACCUUAAAAUGCCCCGAUUGUGUUGCAGCAUUGUUUGAACCGCCGGAUGAAAUUCAUGAGCAUUGCAAAACUACGUCCCUUUUAUCUUGCAAACGAACAGGUAAACUUUUCAUUCCAUCUCCGUCUGUUGUCAAAGUGGUAACAUCAACUGAUAAUUUUGCAAGACAACAACUGAACUCUUGGACAUCACUAGAGAAAAGAAAAACCGACAAGAUAUUUUCCGAUGUUCUUCAAGCAACUAAACCCUGCACAUUUGAUAAAUUGUUUGAACAUUCUCGGCAGUGCCAUAUUUUAGAUCAACAUAUGAGAGAUGACCAUAUUUCUAUACUUAUAAGACAUAUUGUGAAUUGUUAUUUAAAGCUGUUUUUUAUCAGUUUGGAAGAGUUUAUACAGAGCGUGUUAUUAAAGAAAACAAAGCUUCUAUAA